UUUAUGAUCUAGAUAGCAUAAAAUGUUAUGUGGUCGGCUUCUGCUUAUUUUUAAUCUCGAGAUUGGGAACAUUGGUAUCCAAAUUUAGGUAAGCAAUGUUCCAUUUCUCAAGAUAUUGAUUUUUCUUACUUUUUCAUAUUGUUGAGCAGUCAUCAAGAUAACAAAGAAGAGCAACAAACUGAACUGAACAAGUGUCAAGAAAAAGGCUUGUUCUUUGAGCUUUAUAUUCUUUCCUUAAACAAGAGAAAUCUUUAAUAGUAAGAAUUUCUGUCUAGCACAUCGCAACCAAAACAUGUUGGGUUCUUGCUGUGUUCCAUCAUCAAAGCUGCCACCAUCCCACCACGACAAGAUUCUGUCAUCUUCAUUCUUUAGUAAUGCAGUGGGAAUUGGGCAAUGCAACAGUGCAAUUUCUGGUAUUCGGUUCGGAAAAUUCGACAUUUCUAGGAGGAAAUGUUCUGCAACCAAAAGAUGUUCCACCUCUGCUGUUCUAGCUGAUGUUACCAAAGACUUCAUGGCUUUCCGGGCGAACAUUUAUCCGAAACAUGAGGCAGAUCCCAAGACUGUUGCCUCUAUCAUAUUAGGGGGUGGAGCUGGAACACGGCUCUUUCCCCUUACUGGAACAAGGGCCAAGCCAGCUGUUCCCAUUGGGGGAUGUUAUAGGCUGAUCGAUGUCCCAAUGAGUAACUGCAUCAAUAGUGGGAUUAACAAGAUUUACAUCCUCACCCAGUUCAAUUCUCAAUCUCUAAACCGCCACAUUUCUCGGACUUAUAAUUCGGGCAAUGGUGUGACCUUCGGUGAUGGGUUUGUUGAGGUAUUAGCAGCUACACAAACAUCAGGUGAAUCAGGAAAGAAGUGGUUCCAGGGUACAGCAGAUGCUGUAAGACAGUUCAUAUGGCUGUUUGAGGAUGCUAAACACAGAUAUAUUGAGAACAUUCUGAUAUUAUCUGGCGAUCAUCUAUACCGAAUGGAUUACAUGGACUUCCUGCAGAAGCACAUUAAUUCUGGUGCUGACAUAUCUGUUUCAUGUCUCCCUGUUGAUGAAAGUCGUGCCUCUGAUUUUGGAUUGCUGAAGAUUGAUGAAAAUGGACAGAUUAGGCAGUUCCUAGAGAAACCUAAGGGUGAAAGUUUGAGGUCAAUGCAAGUCGAUACAACUCUUCUCGGAUUAACAGCUCAAGAUGCAAAGAAAACACCAUACAUUGCAUCAAUGGGUAUAUAUUUAUUCAAAACAGAUGUUCUACUGAAACUACUCAGGUGGCAUUAUCCAGAAGCCAAUGAUUUUGGAUCUGAAAUCAUUCCAAUGGCUAUGAAAGAUUACAAUGUUAAGGCAUAUUUGUUUGAUGGCUAUUGGGAAGAUAUUGGAACCAUAAAAUCCUUUUUUGAUGCAAAUUUGGCCCUCACAGAUAAGCCCCCCAAGUUUCACUUCUAUGAUCCCCUAAAGCCAAUCUUCACCUCUCCUCGGUAUCUACCUCCAUCAAGAAUAGAGCAGUGCCGGGUCGUGGACUCCAUAAUUUCACAUGGCUGCUUCUUGAGAGAAUGCAGUGUCAAACAUUCCAUCGUGGGAAUUCGCUCAAGAUUGGAAUAUGGGGUGGAGCUGAAGGAUACAUUGAUGAUGGGUGCUGACCAUUACCAAACUGAGGCAGAAAUAGCAUCCUGUAUAUCAGAGGGCAAUAUUCCAUUAGGCAUUGGCAGAAAUACUAAAAUCAUGAAUUGUAUAAUAGACACAAAUACAAGAAUUGGAAAAAAUGUUGUCAUUGCAAACAAGGAUAAUGUGGAAGAGGCAGAUAGACCAUCUGAGGGAUUCUAUAUUCGAUCAGGAAUUACUGUAGUGGUAAAAAAUGCUGUAAUUAAGGAUGGAACAAUAAUUUAGUACUUGUUUUUAUCAGCGGGAAAAAUAUGAAUAAGUUGUUGGUGAGGUUGAUUUAUUGGGAGAUGCAGUGUAAAUUAUUCCAUUAAUUUGUUUUUUAGAAUUUUAUUUUGCCAAAUGAUAAUAUUACGGAAUAAAUAGUGGGGCAAUUUAGUCUUAUAUUUUUUGAAUAUGAGUAAAUAAGUACAAUUAUCUAUUUAUAUUUU